GUGUAACGGAUAGAACGGCUUCGUCCGACGACGAUGGUGAUGCCGGCGCCGCGACCGCACCUCCGCAGCAACAACAAUGUGAGCCUGAGUCCCCUCCACAGCAGCAGCAACAACCUGAGGGAAGCUUUCGCCCUCGACACUGUCGCCACAUUGAGCGCGUCGUCCCCGAAACAACAGAGCAAUCGCAACAACGCGUUCCAUUCUGCGAGCGUGGCGUCCCCAAAGAACAAAGGAGGCGUCAUGAUGCCACCGCCGCCCGUCACCGUGCAGGGAGGCGAGUCGCACCUCCACCAUCCUCGACGGCGAGAGCUUCCACCGCACACUAACAACCAUCAACCAGAAACAAACACAGACGACGCGGGAGACACUGGACUCACCUUGGACGAGCCCAACGAACUGAACGAGACGGAAGAAGAGACAGAAGCGUUCAAACGGGCGAUGUGGGCAGGCCAGGCUAACAUUUUGGUCGCCGUGCGUCUGCGCCCUCAACUCAAGCACGACCGCGACCGAGGUGAGAUAGUCAAGGUGCUGGGGAACAAAGUCGUGGUCGUGAUGGACCCCGGCAACCAAAAGGAUGUCGUCGGCAAGAUGCGUCAUCGGUCGCGCGAGAAGCGCUACGCUUUCGACUAUGUGUUCUCGCCGUUGGACGGCCAAGAGACAGUGUACAACAACACGACAAAGUUCCUCAUCCACGGCAUUCUACAAGGGUUCAACGCGACCGUGUUUGCCUACGGCUGCACUGGUGCUGGCAAAACGUACACGAUGCUCGGGACGCCGGACGAGCCUGGGAUCAUGGCGCUGACCCUCGACGACUUGUUUCAGCAUAUUCAGGCGGGUCAGUCCCGAGUGCCCAACUCGGUCAACUACCGCGUGACGGUGUCGUUCCUGGAAGUGUACAACGAAAACAUUCGCGACUUGCUGCGGAGCGACCCGGAUCAAGACACGUACUUGGAUCUGCGAGAAGACCCUGUCAAGGGCCCACUAGUCGCCGACUUGUCCGAGAUCGUUGCGUCGAACGCGGAGGAAGUCAUGCGGUUGCUUCGUCGAGGGAAUAAGAAUCGAUCACAGGAAGCCACGGCUGCCAACGCCGUCUCGUCCAGGAGUCACGCCGUCCUGCAAGUGUCUGUCGAGCAGACGGAAGCAACUCCAGGCAUGGUGUCUGUCCUCAAGACGGGAAAACUCUCCAUGAUUGACCUGGCAGGCAGCGAGCGAGCCGCCGUGACUCAAAAUCGGGGACUGCGGUUGAUUGAAGGGGCUAACAUCAACCGGUCGUUGCUGGCCCUUGGGAAUUGCAUCAAUGCACUGGGCGAAAAAGCCAAUCGCGGCGCGUUCGUGCCAUAUCGAGACAGCAAGCUCACGCGGCUGCUCAAAGACUCGCUCGGUGGGAACUGCCGCACCGUCAUGAUCGCCAACAUCAGCAUGUCCGUGCUGUCGUUCGAAGAGACAGUCAACACGCUCAAGUACGCGAACCGGGCGAAGAACAUCAAGACCACCGUGACCCGCAACGUCCUGAAUGUGAACCACCACAUAUCGGAAUACGUGUCGCUGAUCGCGAAUCUGCGCCAAGAGAUUACAAAUCUCAAGACUCAAAUGACGCAGCAAGGGAUUCCAUCGCCCACGAGCCAUGACCUGAAAGCGCCAAAGGGGGCGAAGAAAGAUGGUGGUGACGAAGCGAGUUCGUCUGGGGAAAAAGGCGGCACGGCCUCGAUGCGCGAAGCGCGAGUGCAAAUCAUGAAGUACUUUCACGAACGCAUGAUGUUGAGGCGGCAACUCUUGGAGCUCGAAAACAAGAACGUCGCCAAGAGUAUUGAGAUUGGACAACACCAGCUCGUCGUGGCAGAACACGAGCGUCAGCGUGAAGAGAAGGAAGAAGAGAAAGCAGCGGCCACGGCGCUCGCGCACGACGAUACCCGCGUCGAGUUCGAAGAGUUUGACGACGAGGCUGACAUUGUGGUGGCGAAAAUGGAGAUUGGCAGACUGCAAGACGACAUCAAGGACCUGUCGACAGAAAAGAGCGAGCUCACGCGCAAGUUGCGGCACACGGAGCGAGCUGCGGAGGAGUUUCGAGCUGCGCUGGAGCACACAAUCACGAACGACGAGAAGCGCGAGCUCCUCUUGAUGGAGUAUCGCAUUGGAAAACUGGAACUGGAGAACAUGGAGCUUGAGCAAUCCCGAACGGUCCAAGACACGAUCUCCCGCGGCAAGGACUUGACCAUUGAGAAACUCAAGCUCCAGCUUCGGGUACGAUUUAGUAUUGUAAAUUUUUGAUUGGUGGAUUAUUUUUCAUGCAAUUCUGAUUGGUGGACCAUUAUCCAAAGUAAUUCUCUGGUUGGUGGAUUCUUCAGCUGAGGGAUAAAAUCAUUCAAAAACAACAAGCGAUCUUGGACAAGCACGACAUUGGGCACGAAGUUCGGUACGGCAUCUUGGACACGCUAGAAGAUGCGACGCUCACGGAUGGCUUCGACACUUUGCGGUUGUCCAUGGAACGCAUCAG